UAUCAUUCUUCCAAGUAAACAUAUAAAACACGUUUUGUGACUUUAUCGAUUGCUACUAUAAUUUGAUCAGAAUGUCACUAAUUAUUAGUAUAUGUGUGUGUCUCUAUUUAAUGAAGACUGUUCACAGUUCUACGUUAACUGCGCCUCCGCAAUCGGCAGUAGUUAUUGCUUUCGAAGAUAUUUAUGAUUUAUCUUUGUUAGCGAAUACUCUGUCGGAUCAAGGGAUCGAUGCCACGUUAAUUAUACCGGCCUUUAGUAAGGACGAAGUUUAUGAAACAUUAAUCGAUGUCGAGGUGCUGACAGUAGAAGUCAAUGUUGAAGAAUCUGCGUACCCUGAGAGAAGAGCGAUCCAAAUCUGUGAAGCUUUCAUAAAAGAUGAACAGAUCGCGAAGAAUAUACAGAAGAUUCAACCAACCUUUUCCGUGUUUCCGGCAGUCAGACACGACGGGUGUUUGCUACCAUGGGUAGAAAUCAUCGAAUCCAUUCCAGUGAUAGUGACACGCAAUCGAGAAGAAGAGUUGUACGUGUUUGAAUAUACUGGCGCCGCUUUGCCAGUCCAGAGUGCGGGAUUUUGGACCAGGUUGUGGGCAAGUACCACAAGAAGGUCAACAUUCUCCACAGUUCGUGAUGAAUACACGGUGUAUGCUCUGCAGAUAGCAAAAAAAUAUUUACCACAUACCAAUCUUAAUAUAGACAAUCUUUAUACCGAUGUUCGCCUCAUACUUUGGGAUGCUGACGUUAUCCUACGUUCGGAUUUCGCACCGCUCACUCAACUGAUAGUAGAGGUCGGCUGUCAUCACUGUAGGGGAUCGUAUUCGUUAAAGGGUGAUCUACACAAAGGGUUAAUUGAAUAUCGACUGGGUACCAUUGCGGUGCUUUUGGACGAAAAUUAUGAUACGUUAAUUAAAGAACUUGCACAAAAAUUACCGCAGGGCAGGGAGGGUCAAGCAGUAGUUUGGAAAAAUAAGAAAUGGCAAAAAUCAAACGAUGUUCUGCCAGAGAAUCUUUUUGUUCAAUCGAAUAUUGAUCGACAGGAUUUGAUAGGCUAUGGUCGUACAAGAGUAGUUUUGAGUCAUUGUGCAGAUACAGAGCUUCUAGAAGCCGCCUUCCAUGGAACUCCAGUAAUAUGUUUCCCUAGAAAUUCUUAUGAAUCUAGAAACGCUGCACGCGCAGUCCAGUUAGGUUUCGCACAUUCCACUGAAGAGAUGGGUAUUAGUUCCAAUGAAGAAAUAGUAAACACUGUGAAUCAGAUUCACGAAACUGCGGAUUACCGUGAGAAUGCUAGAAAAGUUUCUUUAGCCAUUCGUGAUAGAAUAAAUCCUGCAGUAGAUAGAUUGAUUUAUUGGUUGCGGUACAUGGCCAGGACUAAGGAUCGGAACUUUGACUUUCUAACUCCAACUAGUUCGGUGAAAACAUUAAACGAGGAUCUUCAAUUCUUUCUUGGUCUCUUUGUAGGUCUCAUAAUAGGGAUAUUUUCGGCAAUCGGUUGCAUGUUAGCAAGAUACUUAGUUAUAUCAAAAAGAACGCAAAGAUCAAAGGGAAGAUAUACACGAUAAAAAUGAUCUAUUAAAAAGAGAAAAAAAUAUGGAAUCAGAUGGCUAAUUACGGACACUUUUCGCAUAUGUAUUUAUAUAAAUGCACGUAGAGUACAGGUACAUACAAAUACAAAUGUUACGAGCUAGGGUUUAUCUCAUUGCUAAUGAAGAGAUGUAACUAUUACGAGAAUACUUGAUCGAUAAGAUUGAUUGAUUGAUUGAUUGAUUGAUUGAUUGGAAAAGCUAGAAAGUACGAUGUAGCGUGUUAUCGUCGACGAAGAGAGAAAAAUAAAUUACAAUUUGUCAACACUGCGCUCUGUAUGUUGUCUCGUUGCACGAGUGCUCGCUCGUGUGCGUUUAUCGCCUAGAUUCUUACAAACGUACGGACUAAUCGGUACCUAUAGUUCAUUCGAUUCUCUUUCUUUCUCGCUCGUUCGCUCGCUUUCUCUCUUUUAAGGCCAUGUUCUUCUAAUUAAAUCAAUUGCCUUCAUUUAUGUCGUGCAAACGGAGAAUCAUUAUUCAUAUGUCGAAUAUACAGGGUGUUUCAUA